UCAUUGGCGUCACAUCCGCAUUGCACGGUACCAGAAUCUGAGUCUAUGGUCAGGAUGCGCCGAGCGGUCACUUUAACGUCCGACUUAGGAAUGAAUGCGGGUCAUUGCGGGAUGCAAUGAACGUGUUCACCGAGUGGCCUAGUACGAGCACGUGUUAUGUACUUCCUCGUCGAGUGCAGCCACACUCGCAUAUCCAUCUUUUCUAUCGUCCACUUACUAGUAGUGCUGCAAACGCACAGCGUCCCAACUCUCAGCUCGCCACCAUCAUGAGUUUGUCGACUCUUAACGAAGACGUCCUCCGUAUCAUCGCCGAAAUGCUUUCCUCGACGGAAUGCAUACCUCUGUCGUCGGUGUCUCGCCAUCUGCAUGCAAUAGCACGGCAGUAUGUGUUCGCGUCCAUCACUGUGGGAACCAUGAAGCAGCUAGUCAAGAUGCACGACCACCUCAUGCGUAACAUCGACAAUCGCCGGAUCUGGCCUCGGGAAUUGACUAUCUAUGGCCUGCCGGGAAAGGUCCCCUACAAGGCUCCAGCCAUUGAUGCGCUGGUAGGCAUCUUCGAGCACGCACAAGAGUUGAAAGCUCUGGAGCUCCACUGGUGUGAGGCGAUGAUCGACUGCGAUGCACGGAUCGGGGAGCAUUUGGCUGCACUGUCGAAUCUCUCGGACAUCCGCCUGCUCGCCGUCGGGCCAAAAACACUCGAUGUCCUCUGCAAAAUGGUCAGCAGACCGGACAAGGCAUAUCUGUCAUCCACCAUGCUGUUCUCCAAUCGUGCUCUGCUACGCAUAGCUGAAGCCGCUGUGCUUGGCAACGUUAAGCGGCUCAGACUGCACAAUUGUCAAUUCGAUGCACGGUCUGAACUGCAGCUUCUUUCCAAACUCGCUGGGGUCUAUCCACGGCUGGAAGUCCUGGAUCUCGAAGGCAGUGCCGUAUAUCCCUGUCUCAUCCUGUUCCCCAACAUACGCAGGUUGACGAUCGUCGGUGGCCUGUACAACCUACCUCCUCCUGGCUAUCCAGUGGAGCAAAGACACUUGGACUACUUAUCGAUUGAGCCAACCUACCUACAUCUCAUCUCAGCCGGCCCAGCCAUCCGCAGCGACUAUCUGCGUCUAUACACCGAGAGGCAGCGCUUCGAUCCUUCGGAAGUAGGUCCCGACCUUGUUUCCGCCGCCGCCGUGCUGGAGUUGAACCUGUUUUCUGUUGAAUGUCCCACCGAGUUCGGCAUGGCAUUGGCACAGAUGAUCUCAGCAAUGGUAUCAAGAAUUAGGUAUCUUGUCUUGACGACCCAAUGGUACUCGUAUUCAGCGGUCACCCGGUGGAUGGAAAAUAUAACCCCGUCUCUGUCGCCUUCGCAACUUUUUUGCAUACGGGUUCAUGCAACCCACGCAGUUGAUAGGGGACCAUCGCGUGAAACAUGGCUAGAAUUGCUGCAGCGACUGCAGAGCGUUCACGUUUCUUCGGUACCCUCGCUCCGGUUCUAUUUCCAGCAUGUCGAGUGCCUCGAUGAUCAGCGGAAACCAAGCGGUCCCUCGAAGACCACUUCGUGGCGUGUUGAGGGCAAUGGCGAUCACCGCACGGUGCAGCCGAUCCCCAAUUGGCAGGGCGAGAGGAUCCAUCGCUACAUGCAGUCUCCAGAGUUCUGUCGUACGUUGCAAUUUGACGAGGGCGCAGCCCUGCAAUAUACCGGCCGGUGAAUACGAAAGGAGAGGUAGAUUGCCAAGCGAGCUCGGAAGAUGUGUGUCGGAGCCCGAGCAUCAUACUAGGUAUCUUCGCGGCUUGUAGCGUGAUGAUGCCUGCAGAGCCCUUCAAAUCACGGUUUGCCUUCGAUCUUCAAUUUAAUACCACACUCGUCGUGGAUGCUAUCGACAGUCUCAAGCUGACUCGUCUUAGGACGGCCAUAACGCCGUCCGACGGCCGCGUCUGAUUGCUGGCCAUCUGCCCAGUGUCCCACCGACCGUGACGGCGAGGGUCAAGAGGCUCAUCUGCGUGACUCUCAAACUUGACUCGGAGACGUGCAGCAGCUCGACUGCAAGCACGAUAGGGACACAGAUAUGCAUAGCUGUACUUUUACGUCGCACAAUCAAUAUUGU